GUCACAUGCCUUUAACGACGCACAAUUAAAUUUAGUGAAAAUGACAAUAGCUUUUUUUUCACAAAGGAAUGUAAUAGUUUUGGAAGACAGCAGUACGACAAACACUGCAAAGCCUGAUUUGUACAGACUCACGUACAAUAAUUGUAGAUAGAAGAACGUCAAUGAACGACAGCAGUUUCGAAAAGUUUACCUUAUUGGACCAAAUCCAAAACAUAAGCUUGACAAAUUAUGUGAUUGUGGGAUUCAUGUGUUUCAUUAAUAUAAUGGCCAUUUUUGGUAAUAUGAGCGUCAUUUUUGCCAUUGGAAAAUCUUCUGAUAUGCGGCAUAGACAGUCGAAUCUGUUCAUUCUUAACUUAAGUGUUGUUGACUUUAUUGCUUCAGUUGUCACACUGCCAGUGAGUAUUUGUACUUUUCACACCAACGCAAGGGUUUUCGAUUCCAUGUGGUGUGCCGUCAGUGGAUUUCUAGCAGGUUGUGUAAUAUAUGCCUCCAUUGGCAGCCUCUGUGCCAUCAGCAUAGAGAGGGUCUACUACAUAAAGUGGCCCCUGCACCAUGAGGCAAACUUGACUGUAGAGAAGACGUACCUGGUUUUGUUCGUCAUCUGGCUACAAUGCAUAACUGUAGCCUUACCACCGGUGUUCAAACACCUGCCCCAACAUUCUGACAAGGAUUGUUAUUCCGGGUGGCAGGGCGUACACAUGGACGUGUUUUAUGUUUCGUUUAUCGGUGUCUGGUGUUUUUUAAUUCCCGUCCUCGUCAUGUUGUUGUCGCACUGCGGAAUAUUCAACGUGAUCAGGAAGUUCAGCCCGUUAAGUACGUUUCACAUCGUCACCGUGUCGGGAAUAGUCGACACCCGACUGAAAGCUGUCUCGCAUAGGAGCUCUUUACUUCUCACGCAGAGAAGCGUUAAGAAUUUUUUUUUUUUAAUAGUACACCUCUUGGCGUUUGUGAUACUGUGGGGUCCGUACUUCGUGUUCGCGAUGUAUCACGCCCUGCACGCGCAGCCCGAGGACCGGGACAAGAUGGUGGACCUGGUGGUCACGUGGCUCGGCUUCGUGACGUUCGCCGCGAACCCGGUGCUGUACGGCCUGAUGAACCGACCAAUAAGAACCCAGUUGGUCGAGUGGUACGAGUACAUAUUCUGUUGUGAUUUCCUAAGAAAAAGGAAGGCAAACGGAGAACAAUUACCUGAAGAGACAGCGAGUGGGGAAGAAGACUUUUUGCACUUCUUGGGAAUAACGCCCACAGCAAACAAUACCUAGCAGACAAGACCUAGCCUGUCAUCGCACGCAGGACGGCACCGAGAGAGUGGUGGGGGUGGUGGUGGUGGUGGGGGGGGGGGGGGGCAAUAGUGCCCACAACAGACAAAACCUAACAGACAAUGACUAGCAGACACGGCCUAGCAGACAAGGCCUAGCGAAUGCCGAGUGGUAGGUGCACGGCAGUUGUACCACCAGAAUACAAAUAAAUUGAACCAUUUUUAGUUUAAAAGUGCCUGCCCCUUUUUAGCUGCCCAGAGAAGGUCGUAAUACUGUCUCUAUUUUAUUUAUUUAUUAUCAUUGUUCUUAUUAUUUGAAGUAGUAGUAGUCGUAGUGGAAGUGGUGGUAGUAGAAGUAGUUACUGUAGUAUAGUCGUGGUGGUAGUAGUAGUUACUGUAGUAUACAGGCUCAUAUGCCUUAACUCCCCACUUCCCUUAGACUACUGUUAUAUAAAUACAUCCAUUCUAUAUCGGCCUUAACUCCCCACUUCCCUUAGACUACUUAUAUAAAUACAUCCAUUCUAUAUCGGCCUUAACUCCCCACUUCCCGUAGACUACUGUUCUAUAAAUACAUCCAAUCUAUAUCGGCCUGAACUCCCCACUUCCCGUAGACUACUGUUAUAUAAAUACAUCCAGUCUAUAUCGGCUUGAACUCCCCACUUCCCUUAGACUACUGUUAUAUAAAUACAUCCAUUCUAUAUCGGCCUUAACUCCCCACUUCCCUUAGACUACUGAUAUAUAAACACAUCCAGUCUAUAUCGGCCUUAACUCCCCACUUCCCUUAGACUACUGUUAUAUAAACACAUCCAGUCUAUAUCAACCUUAUCUCCCCACUUAGACUACUGUUAUAUAAACCCAAACAGUCUAUAUCAGCCUUAACUCCCCACUUAGACUACUGUUAUAUAAACCCAAACAGUCUAUAUCAGCCUUAUCUCCCCACUUAGACUACUGUUAUAUAAACCCAAACAGUCUAUAUCAGCCUUAACUCCCCACUUCCCUUAGACUACUGUUAUAUAAACACAUCCAAUCUAUAUGAGCCUUAACUCCCCACUUCCCUUAGACUACUGUUGUAUAAAUAUAUCCAGUCUAUAUCAGCCUUAACUCCCCUAGACUACUGUUAUAUAAACACAUCCAGUCUAUAUCAGCCUUAACUCCCCACUUAGACUACUGUUAUACAAACACAUCCAGUCUAUAUCAGCCUUAACUCCCCACUUAGACUACUGUUAUACAAACACAUCCAGUCUAUAUCAGCCUUAACUCCCCACUUCCCUUAGACUACUGUUAUAUAAACACAUCCAGUCUAUAUGAGCCUUAACUCCCCACUUCCCUUAGACUACUGUUAUAUAAACACAUCCAGUCUAUAUGAGCCUUAACUCCCCACUUAGACUACUGUUAUACAAACACAUCCAGUCUAUAUCAGCCUUAACUCCCCUCUUAGACUACUGUUAUACAAACACAUCCAGUCUAUAUGAGCCUUAACUCCCCACUUCCCUUAGACUACUGUUAUAUAAACACAUCCAGUCUAUAUGAGCCUUAACUCCCCACUUCCCUUAGACUACUGUUAUAUAAAUACAUCCAAUCUAUAUCGGCCUUAUCUCCCCACUUAGACUACUGUUAUAUAAACACAUCCAGUCUAUAUCAGCCUUAACUCCCCACUUAGACUACUGUUAUAUAAACACAUCCAGUCUAUAUCAGCCUUAACUCCCCACUUAGACUACUGUUAUACAAACACAUCCAGUCUAUAUGAGCCUUAACUCCCCACUUCCCUUAGACUACUGUUAUAUAAACACAUCCAGUCUAUAUGAGCCUUAACUCCCCACUUCCCUUAGACUACUGUUAUAUAAAUACAUCCAAUCUAUAUCGGCCUUAACUCCCCACUUAGACUACUGUUAUACAAACACAUCCAGUCUAUAUCAGCCUUAACUCCCCACUUCCCUUAGACUACUGUUAUAUAAACACAUCCAGUCUAUAUGAGCCUUAACUCCCCACUUCCCUUAGACUACUGUUAUAUAAACACAUCCAGUCUAUAUGAGCCUUAACUCCCCACUUCCCUUAGACUACUGUUAUAUAAAUACAUCCAAUCUAUAUCGGCCUUAACUCCCCACUUCCCUUAGACUACUGUUAUAUAAACACAUCCAGUCUAUAUCGGCCUUAACUCCCCACUUCCCUUAGACUACUGUUAUAUAAACACAUUGGUUUGUCUCACAAUCCUAACACGACAUACUACGGUGACCUUCAAGGGCGGAUGGACUCCCAUUUCUGUGAGGAUGGGAUGGGCAUUAAAAUGGAUUACAACUAAUGAAUAAAAAAUAAAAAAUUAAGGUAGGCAUGUUAAGUAAAUUCCACCCCGACAGAAUGGUAGAAAUGUAUUAUGUCUCCCCUCCUUCCCGCCCCGCCCCGCCCCUAGUGUACAAUCCUGACUGUGCCAGUGGUUGGGGAGUGGGCGCCUAAAUUAAUUAAUUCAUUCAUUAUUUCAUAUUAACAUUCAGUAUUAAUUAGGAUAGUUAUUAUUUCAGUUUAACAUUGAAUAUCUUUUAUAAAUGGAGCGGCAUCUACUUUAGUUGGUAGAGCGUUUACCCGAGGUACUGUGAUCGGAGGAUGGAAUCCCUUCGGCGGAACUAUUCUCUGACUGGCUUUUCCAACCAGUGCCCCACGACUGGCAUAUCAAGGGAUGUGGUAUGUGUUGGCCUGUCUGUGGGAAUGUGCAUAUAAAAGAUACCUUGCUACUAAUGAAACAAAUGUAGCGGGUUUCCUCUGACUAUGUGUCACCGUGACCAAAUAUUGGACAUUCAAUAGUGGAUGAUUAAUUAAUCAAUGUGAUGUCGUUAAACGAAACAAACUUUUAACAAUUAAAAAAUUCCAAGCAUGUUUUAAAAGGAUAACUCCUGGACUCUACCAGUAAUUAACCUCUGUCUACUUUGUAGGUGGGUUUAAAUGAUUAAAUUUCAAUCUAUGCUGUGGAUCUUGUGGCUGGCUGGUUGAGGGUUUUUAAGAUUGUCUUUUAUUAUUUUUUAUUAUUAUUAUUAUUAUUAUUAUUAAUGAUUUAUUAUACCUGUAUUUAUUAUACCUGUAAAUAAUACCUGUAUGUCACAUAUCAUGAUCAAUUAAUGCAUGUAUAUGAACAUAACAUUGUAUAAAUCAG